CUGCUGAUAAUUUGAGAAGACAUCACCAGUAUCAAGAAGUUAUAAGGAACCUGGUGAAGCGAUAUGUUGCUGCAAUGAUUAGAGAUGCCAAAACUGAAGAAGGCCUGACUGAAGAGAACUUUAAGGAGCUAAAGCAAGAUAUUUCUAGUUUCCGCUUUGAAGUCCUGGGGUUACUAAGAGGAAGUAAACUCUCUACAGUACAAUCCGCUCAGGCUACGAAGGACACUGCUAAUUCAGCAGACUCAGAUGAAAAGAGUGAUAACGAAGGUACCAGCAAAGACAAGAAGAACUUCAGCCUUUUCGACUUAACCACGCUGAUCCACCCGCAAUCAGCAGCAAUUGCUGCAGAAAGACACAACAUAAGCAAUGGUUCUGCGCUGGUGGUGCAGGAGCGCCUGCGGGAGAAGCAGAGAAAAGUGAAUUUUGUGACUGAUAUAAAAAACUUGGGGUUAUUUUAUAGACGAUCAAAACAAAAUUCUGCUAAGCAAAAUGCAAAACAAAUCUUCUCUGUUUCAGAAGAGGUUGCUCAUCAACAGGCUGAAGUAUCGUUGGAGAGAAAUAUUCAACUGGAAUCUCCAGGAUUAUCUUCAAGGGGUGACCUGAGCAUCCCUGGUCUCAGUGAACAAUGCAUGUUAGUAGACCACCGGGAAAGGAAUACCGACAGUCUGGGUUUGCAAGUUGGAAAGAGAAUGUGUGCCUUCAAAUCAGAGAAGGUGGUGGUAGAAGACACUCUUCCAAUAAUACCAAAGGAGAAGCAUGCAAGGAAAGAGGACUCUAGUACAGACUAUGAUGCAACCCUCACUAACACAGUCAUCCAGGAAGAUUAUGUGACCACAAGAUUGUGAUACUUGAAGGAAGGAGGAAGUGUUUAUCAUACAUAUAUCUUUUCUAUAGUGCUCUGAGUUGGGGAGAGUGUUUAAAAGUAAAUUAGCAAAUUCUAACUUAUACUCUAAGCAUUUAUCAACUCUAGCAUACUAACAUGUAACAUGUUUAAAUAAGGCAAAAGCUAUCAAAAACCCUUGUUCUGUAGCCCACUUUUGCUUGCACAAUUUGUUUUACAUUUUUUGCUGUUAAUAAAUAAACUCACCUUUUAUCUUGCACUGUUGCA